AUGUCUGGUUGGGCUAGAGAUAGCACAUAUAGACUUGCUAGGACUGAAUCAUCAACCUCAUCAUCGAGUGCAUCAUCUGUUUCUCUUAAUUCAGCAUUUGAAUCAUCAUUUGACACUCAUAGUAACAUGGCUGAAGAAGAAGAGCAUCAUGAUAGGGAAAUGUUAGAGUCUUUAGAGCUUAAGAAAGUGAAUGAAAUGCAUGUUUUGCCAUCAAUUGAAAAAUGCAACAUAUGUGAAGAUCCAGGGCAUGUGACUAAUGCAUGCCCAACAAUUCCUGCUUUUAAAGAAGUGUUACUUGAUCAAUCCAACCUUGUGCAUAUGAUCUUUAAAAAAUUUUCUAGACCUUACUCUAAUACUUACAAUGCAGGUUGGAGAAAUUAUCCAAAUUUCAGCAGGAAGAAUGAACAACCUGGGCCAUCUACACAAGGACAAAGUCAAUAUACCCCAUAUGGAGUAGCUGGCCAAGGGUCGGGACCCUCUUACUUUGCAAAUCAGCCCUCUCCAAUGCAGAAAAAGGGAGUGGAAGAUUCCAUUCAGCAACUAACUGUUACCCUACAACAGUUUAUGCAAAAUCAAGCCACAGUCAACAACCAGAACGCUCAAGCCAUCAAUGACAUCAAAGGGACCCUUACUAGAGUAACCACUACUCAAAGUAACCAAGAGAAAGGCAAAUUUCCCGCUCAAACCCAACCCAAUCCACAAGUGCAAAGUCAAUCAUCUCAGAAUAAUGGUGAAGGGGCCAAUGUGAAAUCAGUGAAAGCUAUUACAACUUUGAGGAAUGGUAAGGUCGUGGAUAUCUCUGUCCAUAGUACAAGAAAAUCAGGUAAAGAAGCUAACCCUCAUCUAGUUAAUGGUGAGCCAAGCACUUCAGAUUCAAAUAAUGAUGCAUGUCUCAUUCCUGCACCUUUUCCACAUCGUUUGCUUUCUUUGCAUAAAGAAAAACAGCAUGCUAAAAUCUUAGAAAUUUUUAAGCAGGUUAGGAUUAACAUUCCACUUCUUGAUACUAUUAAACAAAUUUCUGCUUAUGCUAAAUUUCUGAAAGACUUAUGCACUGUGAAAUGCAAAUUAUAUGUGCAAAAAAAGGCUUUUCUCAUUGAGCAAGUUAGUGUCAUUAUUCAAAACCACACACCACCUAAGUACGAGGAUCCUGGUUCACCUACCAUUUCAUGUGUCAUUGGAAAUUCUAAGAUUGGUCAGGCCUUGCUAGACUUAGGUUCGGGGGUUAAUUUGCUACCUUAUAGUAUGUAUGAACAAUUGGGGUUAAGGGAAUUAAAAGCCACUUCAAUCAUUUUGCAGCUUGCCGAUAGAUCCAUAAAAAUUCCUAAGGGUAUUGUUGAGGAUGUCUUGGUCCAAGUAGAUAAAUUUUAUUACCCUGUGGAUUUUGUGAUAUUGGACAUGAAGCAAUCUCAAGAACUUGAAGACAUUGAAGAAGUCAAUGCAUUGGAAUCCUUACUUGUUGAAAAUUCUUUGUUAAAUUACAAUUGUGAUAAACUUUGGGAGGAUUAG